CGGUGAGUCAGAGGGGUAUAAAAGCCCAUAUCGCCCAUGUGGAUGACACAGUCCGCCUGCUCACUUCAGACCAUCGACGUCAAAGUGUGAGACAAGUUCGACUAGCUUUUUCUUCCCCAAACAGUAUUCUCGCACCAAGGAAUCUUUUACAAAAUGAGGGAGUGCAUUUCAGUCCAUGUCGGCCAGGCCGGAGUCCAGAUCGGCAAUGCAUGCUGGGAGUUGUACUGUCUGGAGCACGGCAUCCAGCCUGACGGUCAGAUGCCCUCAGACAAGACCAUUGGGGGUGGGGACGACUCCUUCAACACUUUCUUCAGCGAGACCGGGGCAGGGAAACACGUCCCCAGGGCCGUCUUUGUCGACCUCGAACCAACUGUAGUUGACGAGGUUCGUACCGGCACCUAUCGCCAGUUGUUCCACCCGGAGCAGCUGAUUACAGGAAAGGAAGAUGCCGCAAACAACUACGCCCGCGGUCACUACACCAUCGGCAAGGAGAUCGUCGACCUCGUCCUUGACCGCAUCAGGAAGUUGGCUGACCAGUGCACUGGACUCCAGGGCUUCCUCAUCUUCCACAGCUUCGGUGGCGGCACUGGCUCCGGCUUCACCUCUCUGUUGAUGGAGAGACUGUCCGUCGACUACGGCAAGAAGUCCAAGCUGGAGUUUGCCGUCUACCCUGCUCCUCAAGUUGCUACCGCUGUCGUUGAGCCCUACAACUCCAUCCUGACCACCCACACCACCCUUGAGCACUCCGACUGUGCCUUCAUGGUCGACAACGAGGCCAUCUACGACAUCUGCAGACGUAACCUUGAUAUUGAACGUCCCACCUACACCAACCUCAACCGUCUGAUUGGUCAGAUCGUCAGCUCCAUCACUGCCUCCCUCCGUUUUGACGGAGCCCUGAACGUGGAUCUGACAGAGUUCCAGACCAACUUGGUGCCCUACCCACGUAUCCACUUCCCUCUUGCUACCUAUGCACCAGUCAUCUCUGCAGAGAAGGCCUACCAUGAGCAACUGUCUGUUGCCGAGGUGACCAAUGCAUGCUUUGAGCCCGCCAACCAACUGGUCAAGUGUGACCCCCGUCACGGCAAGUACAUGGCCUGCUGCAUGUUGUACCGCGGGGACGUCGUCCCCAAGGACGUCAACGCUGCCAUCGCCACCAUCAAGACCAAGAGGACCAUCCAGUUUGUCGACUGGUGUCCCACUGGGUUCAAGGUCGGCAUCAAUUACCAACCACCCACUGUUGUCCCUGGCGGUGACUUGGCCAAGGUCCAGAGAGCUGUCUGCAUGUUGAGCAACACCACUGCCAUCGCCGAGGCCUGGGCUCGUCUUGACCACAAGUUCGAUCUGAUGUACGCCAAGCGUGCCUUCGUCCACUGGUACGUGGGUGAGGGUAUGGAGGAGGGAGAGUUCUCAGAGGCCCGUGAGGACUUGGCUGCCCUGGAGAAGGACUACGAGGAGGUUGGAGUCGACUCUGUUGAGGCCGAAGGAGAAGAGGAAGGGGAGGAAUACUAAGUCAGUCUUAAUCGACACACCUACAGCCCUGACAACCAAAUGUGCAAUCAAAACAUUAUGACAAUUUAAAAUGCAUUCAUGACCAAACAACAUUAAAGCAUUUUGAGAAGAU